CAUCCACUAAUUAGUUGACGCAUCACUGGGAAAGAAGCACACUCGACUCUGAGCUGUAGGAUAGUACAAUUUUUGAGGAAUGGAGCCUUUUCCUGCUAUCAUCCUCUGCCUGAUUCUGUUUUACUGCACUUUAGGUACUGUAACUCCUGAUACUUCCACUCUGUCUUCAUCAAGUGAAGCAGUUAACACAACAACACAGUCAGGUACUGUAACUCCUGAUACUUCCACUCUGUCUUCAUCAAGUGAAGCAGUUAACACAACAACACAGUCAGGUAGUGCAACUCCUGAUACUUCCAGUCUGUCUUCAUCAAGUGAUGCAGUUCACUCAACAACACAGUCAGGUACUGUAACUCCUGAUACUUCCACUCUGUCUUCAUCAAGUGAAGCAGUUAACACAACAACACAGUCAGUUACUGCAAUUCAUGAUAAUUCCACUUCAUCAAGUGAAGCAGUUCAUUCAACAACACAGUCAGAUAAAGUGAAAUACAGCAAUACUCCUGCUGACAGCACUAUUGUUACAUCCAGCAAAGUAUCAUCUAAUUCUACAAUCACUGCAAACACAGGGGCUGAAGAACAAAGUAAGACCACUGCUACUACUUCCUCAAUUGUAUCUACAAACAGCAAAGAAGCAUCUGAUACCACUACUGCAAGCUCAGAAAAUGGCAGCAAAUCCAAAGCUGUGGAAAUACCCAGUAAAACAGAUAAUCAGAACCAUGAUUCCUCAAGUAAGAUGAUCUGGCUGCCAGUGAUUGUCAUUUCGGUGUUUGUAAUAGCUGCAAUUGCUGCAAUCCUGAAAACAAAAUGCAAGCCCCAGACAGUGAAUGGGGAAGAUGCUGACGGAGAUAUAACGGCAAGCAAACCAAGUGGGCAUGAUGUGAAACUUGUAUCUGUGAAGAGAACCUCAAGGGAUUUUGACUUUUUACUUCCAGAGUACUACCUAGGAAGUGAGAAUGGAAAAUUUGAGGAUGCCAUAAUGAACCUAGAAAAUACACAAAUUGUUUGAAAGGCUUUCUUGUGAAGUAAGCAGAAGAUCCUACUGAUAAGAAUGCCGGCACCAGUGUUUUCAAAGAGACCUGCACCUAUGUUAUACUACACUGCCACUGAAUGUACAUAAAAGACCCAAAGGAACUGAUCGGUUGCUUGUGAAUUAAGAGUACAACUUCAACCAUAUAUGUAUUUUAAAAUAUGAAAGAGUAUUGUAGUGCAUUAUUUGCCACAGAAUUUCACACAUUAUAAAUAAGAAAAGGCACCCAGAGGUUUGUAGUGUAUGUUUAUAUAUAUAUAUAUAUAUAUAUAUAUAUAUAUAUAUAUAUAUAUAUAUAUAUAUAUAUGUGUGUGUGUGUGUGUGUGUGUGUGUGUGUGUGUGUGUGUGUAGAUAUCUUGCACUCCUUGCUGUUUCCAGACUAAAUGCAGUAAUAUUAACCCAUAUAACAUUAGUUCAAUUUUAUUUAAUUUUAAAUGUAAUCUUUGAAAACCUGUAAUGUCUCAGGGGAAAUCGGUCAACUUUUGAACUUAGCUUGUGAAAAUUAGACAUAAAUACCUUCUGAGACUCUUAAGAAGUAAUAGUAAAAGAUUUGUGAUUUAAUUUUAAUAUAGCAGAUAGGCUUAUGUGAGUCAGUUUUAAUCAUUAGAGCUGAAACAUUUUUGUUCUUCUGGUGUAAUUUCCAUAUAUCCCAUGAUGCCAUGAAUAAAAGCAUCAUUCUAAAUAUUUUUGUACACUUUUUUAAGUAUUAAUAUAUAUACUGCAACUGUAGGCUUACCCUUGAAUGUCUGAAAUUAUUAUAUUCUUAUGCCAAAGCCGCUUUUAUAAAAUGUAUUUUAAAUGAUCAUUUGCCUCACACAUUUCUCAAGAAUUGACUAUGUUAUUUCCCCUUCAUUAUUUCACAGUUGCUUAACAAGAUAUCCCAUUGCAUUUAAAUUAAUAAUUAGAAGUGAUAGCAAAGAUUGAAUUAACAUUUUCACCCAAUUUCUACUGUACUACACAACUAAUCAUACUGUUUAAUGUGAUGAAUGAAAUUUCCCCAUAAGUACACAGAAAUAAAUGACCUCUUAAAAGAAGUUAUCCAAACUUAAAAUAAAACUAAGCUAUGAGCAUGUAUCAGUCAUUUCUAGUUUCAUGGAAUGUGAGAGGUAUAUGAAUAGUAUGCCAGUAUUUCUGAUGGGGUUCCAUUGCUUUGAGGUUAUUAGUAUUGUUUUGUACACCAUUAAUGCUUUGCUAAACUCACAUUGUUAGAAUGCUACAACAUUCUUAUGUACAAGCUUUACUUGGAUGAUACCUUCCUGAAAUAUUUGUUAAUACUGAAAGUAUUGGAAAUAUUUUGCAUUAUGGAAACACGAUGAUUUUGAUAAGCAGCAGUAAAAGGAAGUCAUUUUAAGUUACAGCAGAUGGAGAUUUAACUUACUGGAAAUGUUAAUUCUUCUUAUAUCAAUGGUUUUUGAUCUCUUGCAUCCUGGUUACAUUGUGUGUGCUCCGUGUGAUUGGAAUGGGUACCAUUUCUGUUCAGAGUGAGUUUGCAAUUAAAAUAAAAUAGACAGUCUUUUAAAAAAA